AUGCUUUCCCAACUCGAGGAAACUCAUGUGGCCUAUACCAAUGCCACACCUACCGAUAUUCCAAACCAGACGAGAGACAAUCCCUUUAUUCAACAGAGUAAGUAUCGUCAGGGAACACUCUACUUGAUCACCCUUCCGACCAUAGCGGUAAUAUUUAUCAUUUUCUUGCUAUGUACGGCUUAUAUGAAGUAUCGCGCCAAACAUCAAGCCAGACAGGCUCCUCCCUUUGAGGAUAUGUGUGAAGCCAAGUCUGAGACAAGCGGCAUUUUUGAUUUGGAGCAGGCCACUAGAGCCACUACUUUGGUGUCGAAAGGAACCUUUGAGACGGUGGAAAAGAUUGGACUUGCACGGAGUUCGAUGGAGAUUGAUGGAUUACAAGGAGAAGGAAGUGAUGGUACCAAGGGAAGUGGAACCGGCUCAACAACAUUCUAUUCUCUCGAGGAACCGAACCAUGCUGCAACGCAGUCUACGGUUUCGAUCCCAAACAACAAAAAGCAUUUCCAUAAGAAAACGCUGAGCAGUGUUAUCUUGGAUGAAUUCAUCUCUACCGGGGAACUCCCGGCAGAAGACCCUAACGAUACAUCAAUUCAGUACGACCCGGAUGAUACAGAUAUAAAUAUUACCAACCAUUCAAUGUUUGAACAGAACUGUGACACCUCAUACAAUGCUGAUCUUAUAAGAAACCAUAAGCCGUCAAGUCCGGUGAGGAAGUCCAGAACUAGACUGUAUCGUUCUGCCAAUAAUAGCGUUGUCUUUGGCAGUCCAGGCAGACUAUAUACGCAGGAGAGUCCAACCAGAAGUUCCGGACGCUACAGACAAUAA